AUGGGAAGAUCGUCACCUGUUGAUCCCGAAUUAAACUUUUCUUCUAGUGUGUUGGCCCUUGUUGCUAUUGUAGAAACUGUGUUUCAGAUCAUGUCGUUGCCUGCUUUGAGUGUCGAAAUACGUCCUCCCGAGUUGCUCUUCACUGUGUCGCAGCAUCGUGGCGCCCUAUUUCGUCGUACUACCAAAUUCAUGCUCGUCUUCCAUGUGGUCCUCAAUCUCCGCCAAUUCGGACAUGCAGAGCUGGGUCACACAACAUCCAAGACGGAGGAUCUGCCCAGCAUCGCCUUUGAACACAAUCGAGUUUUGGGAAACAUAGGAGCUCUUCUUGAUCUAGGACAGUGGGACCCCGAGGAUGACCGUGACGGUUUUGAAGAGGAGAAUUAUGGCGGCACCAUGGAUACUGACAUGGAAAGAGCGGGCAAGCGACCGCAUGGAUCGAACGAGACCGAUGUUCCGAUGGGAUACGAGGGGCCAACCGAUGCAGAUAUACAGAUGGUAUCGAUCGAAAGAACGGCUGAGGAGGCGAUAUGA